AUGCUCGACGAACUUGAUCGCGGCCCGCGAGACGGCAUUACCGGACUUCCGGCGCAUUCCAAUGCUUCCCUGGAAGAAGAUGCCGUCGCAUCUACACGAGCUUGCGCUGCCCAAUACCGUGCUAUGGAAGACGAUAUUAACCGACCUCCACCUCCACCUACCCCGAAUCUGAAUCUGUAUCAGCUAGAUUCACGUGUGCGGUGGCCUAACAUUACCAUCCGCCCAGAAGAGCGUGACGGGUUCGGCAUCGACGAUGUCGCUAAGAUGAUCAAUCAGCUUUUCGAAGUUGCCGAGAGACACAAGAAUAUCAUAGCGGGAAUCUCAACGCUAGACGCACAGCGGGGACACGCUAUGGCGGAAUUUAAGGAUGCGCUUUUGUUUCUCCUCGAGCUGGUCAAAGGGAUGGUCGAAGUGGUGCGCGAGGGUGUGCGAAAGAGCAGUGACAUCUUCAACGACGACGAACGACACCCAAAGGCCGUUGCUUCGGCGGAGCGAGCGCUAUCAGAUCUCCGCGAUGCGUUUGCUGCAGACGGGAAAAAGGUACCAUGCCGCAUUCCCGCCCGCUCGCCAUUCGGGAUCUUAGUGUACACAGACCUUGUGGCCAGAUCUCCAACUGUCAAAAACUUCAAAGACAAGCUUAAGAAGGCAAAGCGGUCUUUCGAAAAGCCCUUCAACGUCGUUUAUGCCCCACUCAAUCUCGGGGAAUUCCAAGGUUCCUCGCGGACAUUUUCAGCGGGCUUUUAUGGGGAUAAGAUGAUGUUUGGCUAUACGAACCCCGUCUUUGACGUGCCGUACUUGCGCAGAAUCUACAAGGAACUCCGAGAUGCGUACCUAAAGUCACUAGCCGGAAGAGACCCAGUCCUCCAGUCAUUCUUAGCAACGAUGAAACAGGAAAACGCGAAUCUAAAAGAGAAUGAGGAGCAUUGCGGGGCCGGCGGUAGGGGAGUCGAAGGCAGAACCGAAAAGCUCCGUGUACACCGCGAAGCAACCCUCAAGCAGAGGCACGGUUGGAAGCCCGAUGUUCUAAGGAAUCCAAGCAUCCCGGUAUUUGCCUUUAGCGGCGAUUUCGUGCCAAAGGCGUGCUGCUAUCGGUGUAAGGCAUUGCAUGGACUUCAGGAGCAGGAUGAGUGGGCCGCCUACGAUGUGGCGAGCUUCGACUGGGACCGUGGAGGGAAGUACGACUGCGGUUGCGCCGAGCCGCUUAUGGUGCUCACGAUUCUAUAUUGUGAGUGGAAUGUCGUCGCCGCUGGUAUUGGCCGCCGUCGCCGUCGCCGUCACCGUCACCGCCGUGGCGCGGGUUUUAGGGAGCGGAAUGCAACCGGGGACUCCAUUCGCGACCCCUUGGACCAGAUUCGCCGCCGCUAG